CACUCCGCCUACACACACCAGAGCUCGCCUCCACUCCACUCCACAGUCCACACCACACGACGCCCCAAACCCUCGUCGGCUCGUCCCCUUCCCUAGUUCCCUUCCGGCCCCGGCGGCGGCGAGCGGCGACCAUGGACACCCGCGUGCCGCCCGUCCCCAUGGGCCGCGCGAUGGCGGCCGAGUUCCGGCGGCGCGGGGACGACCCGGACGACGUGCAGGGGACGGUGGCGCGCGUGCUCUCCUACAUCCACUACGCCCUCCCCGACCCGCCCGUCUCCGCCGCCGCGCGCCUCUACGCGCUCGCCCCGCACGACGCCGUCGACCGCAUCAGCGCCCUCCCCGACGCGCUCCUCCGCAGGGUCGUCUCCCGCCUCCCCGUCAAGGACGCCGCGCGCACCGCCGCGCUCUCCCGCCGCUGGCGCCCGCUCUGGCGCUCCACGCCGCUCGUCCUCGUCGACGCCCACCUCCUCUCCUCCUCCUCCGCCGCCCCCGGCGCUCCCGACGACUCCUCCAAGAAGGCGCGGGAGGCGGCACGCGGCGUCACCCACGCCGUGUCCCGCGUCAUGGGCGCGCACCCGGGCCCGUUCCGGUGCGUCCACCUCACGUCCAGCUGCAUGGAGGAGUUCCAGGGCAUGCUCGCGAACUGGCUCCAGGUGCUCGCCAUGAAGGGCAUCCAGGAGCUCGUCCUCGUGAACCGCCCGUGGCCGCUCGACCUGGGCCUCCCCGCCACCUUCUUCGGCAUGGCCACGCUCACCCGCCUCUACCUCGGCCUCUGGAAGUUCCCCGCCACGGCUGACCUCCCGCGCGGCGUCUCGUUCCCCAACCUCCGCGAGCUCGGCCUCUGCAGCGUCGUCAUGGACACGCAGGACAUGGAUUUCGUCCUCGCCAGGAGCCCCGUCCUGGAGACGCUCUGCAUCAAGGGGAACCUGUUCAGGAUGCGCAUCCGCCUCGCCAGCCGCAGCCUCCGGUGCGCGCAGAUCAUCGGCUCCUCCUACGAGGAGAUCGCCGUGGUGGACACGCCGUGCCUUGAGCGCCUCAUCGUCUCCGGCACAUGGAGGCAUGACGGCGCCUCCUCCGGCAGCGUCAAGAUUGGGAAUGCGCCGGCUCUGCGCGUGUUUGGGUACUUGGACCCUGCAGCGAACGUUCUUGUGGUUGGCAAAACCGCCAUCAAGUCCGCGACAAAGGUGAGCCCAAGCAAUAUGGUACCAAACGUCAAGAUCCUUGCUCUGGAGGUGCGUUUCGGUGUCCGCAACGAUGCCAAGAUGAUCCCCAAUGUCCUCAGAUGCUUUCCCAACAUUGAGAGGCUCCACAUCAAGUCUGGAAAAACUGAUGAAACCACUGGCAAGCUCAACUUCAAGUUCUGGCAGGAGUCUGGUCCCAUCGAGUGCAUUCGGUCAAGCAUCCAGAUGAUUGUUUUCCAUGAUUUUCAUGGCACUCGGAGUGAGGUUAACUUUCUCAAGUUUUUCUUCGAGACUACGCGGGUGCUGAAGAUAGUGGUCAUUUUGUUUGACACUGGAAGUUUUUCUUCGAUGGAUGAGGUGCGUUCCAAGGUGGAGGUUCUGAGGGCUGCAAAACGGCCGACUGGUUGUUUAGUCCUGGUCACCCCAAGUACAGAACCUGAAGAGUGUAACAUUUGGAGCUUCAAGAGAGGAUCUGAUUUUUCUCGUUUUGACCCUUUCACGGACUACUGAAAGAAAAAGAUGCAUUUCCAUGUCAUUUUGUGAUCCAAGACAAAUAUCUUUGGAAGUGGUUAGUGCUCUGUUUGCAGCUUCAUGGUAUUCAUGUUAGAGUUUCGGCUUCCCUUUUAUUGAAGAUUGGACAGCGGACUUGAUUAUACUGUCUUGAGAAGUGUUGAAAUUAGUGCUUGAAUAGUGUUAUCUAUCAUGCAAAUGUCAAAUUAUGUUUUCUGGAUGACAACUAAGAACUACUGUGUCUGCUAUGCGUUUCAUUUGUUGUUGGACGAUGAUGAUGUUAUGUUGCACUGUUUUGCUAAAUUUUUCGUUGAUGCUUGUCAGAACCAGUGAUAUGUGAGCAAGUUCAUGCAA